AUGCACGAGUACGCUCAUGACCAUGCAUAUUCAAACAAUAAACGCGGUGUCCUGGUUACUGGGAUGCCUGGGAUUGGUAAAUCAGUGUUUCUUCUCUAUUUUCUGGCGAAAACAUUAGCUCGCAAACAACCCGUAUGCAUCCAUAUCUAUAAACGGACAUUUGCCAUUGUUGGACCCAAAGCGACAGAUGUGUACAUUGUUCCCAACUCUUCUGAAGCCUUGGGACCUGGAAAUCUGUUCGACGUGCUUUUCCUGAUAGACAUGGACUGGACUGGUGCAGACGUCCCCGAAUUCAUGUGGAAUCAGUUCUACCAGGUUGGAGUGUCUUCCCCGAACCCACGGUUAAAACGACUUCAUACUUGGCAAAAGGAAAUUUGCAUCACUUCUAUGGUGAUGAACCCACCCGGUGUUGUGGACGUUGUCAGCAUGUAA